UCAAAGGUCAAUGGGUGCAAACAAGCCGUCAACAGUGAAUUUUCGCGCCACUGGGUUUUCUGUCAUAAACGGACGAGUCGUUCUGACAGAUCGCACCGUUGUCGACUGUUGUGAUGUCUACGAGGCAGUGCUCCGUGUAUGAAUGCCACAACAGUGGCAGGAAAUUAGAGAAGUGGAGGGAAACGGUCUGUAGCAUUCAUCAAAGACUCCAUCGCUCUUGCAUUUGCCCAGAACCGUUCAGAUUGCUGCCCUUUCCCACACAAAGGAAGGACCCUGAUGCCAGACAGAAAUGGAUCCGACUUGUCGGCCGUAAGAGUGAGACCAACAGAAACAAAAUCUGGGUCCCAAAUGCUGACUCUCGUAUUUGUUCCAUACACUUUGUGGACAGUGAACCCACACAGGCGAACCCAUACCCAACACUGCACAUGGGCACUCUCAAUACUUCCAGUACGCCAAAACCAAGGAAGGCGCCUACACCUCGCCGACUUGUGGACACUACUACCAAAAAGGUGCUUGCCAAGAAUAGCACAACAGAAAAGAAUAGCACAGACACCAGUGUCAGCAGCUUUCCCGUUCAUAUACAUGUAAAUCAUGACCACGACUAUGAUGUUUCACAGAAACUAAGAGUGUAAAACAUGUGAAUGUUGCAGUACCAAAGAUGCCCAGAUUAAAAGGCUCAAACAGAUGAAUACCCGACUUCAACUGGAUGUUGUAGGUCUUAAACUGAAACUCAAAUCUCAAAGUCAGUUCAGUCAUAACAAGCUAUUGAAAGACAGUAAAGUACUAUUCUACACGGGGUUGCGAAACCGAAAAGCAUUUGAGGAGCUUUAUAGUCAUAUGGCUCCCAAACUCCAACGAAUCCGUUUCUGGAGAGGACCUAGUGGCCUUCCGAAGGGCGUUCGCAGGUUCACGAAGUCGCCAAGGAAGUUUGGUCCAGCACGGAAGCUGGGUGGGAGGGACCUACUGCUGAUGACCCUUAUGAAGCUCAGACUCGGCCUUCUGAAUGAAGAUUUGGCGGACAGAUUUAAUGUAUCGACAUCCACAUGUUCACGUGUCCUGACAACAACAAUCAAGUUUUUGUCUUCUGAAUUGAAGUGUUUGAUCUUCAAACCAGCUGAGGAAGUGCUGAAAGCAAAUCUGCCAAGGAGGUUUCAAUCCCAGCCGUACCAAAAUGUACGUCACAUCAUUGACUGUACUGAAGUCUUUAUUGAGACGCCGAAGAAUCUGGAGGUAAAAGCCCAAACAUGGUCAAACUACAAGCAUCAUCAGACUGUGAAGUGUCUGGUUUCUAUUACACCAACAGGACACUUCAAUUUUGUGUCUGAAGCCUGGGGUGGGAGGAUUAGUGACAAGCAGCUCACUCAGGUCUCUGGUUUCUUAGGCACACUGUCACGAGAUGAGGUUGUGCUUGCAGAUCGCGGGUUCCCCAUAGCAGAAGAUGUUGCUCUGCGCCAUGCACAUUUGUUGAUCCCACCUGGCCGGAGAGGCACUCAACAAAUGACACAGGCACAAAUCCUGAAGACCAAGCAGAUUGCAAACCGUAGAAUAUUUGUUGAGCAAGCCAUCAGGCGUUUAAAAACUUUUAGAAUUUUAAAGUAUGAAGUGCCAAUAACACUACUUCCUCAGAUUGAUAGCAUACCCACUGUCUGCGCAGCACUAUGUAAUUUAUACCCACCACUGGUGAAGUACUAGGUUUCUGUGCCUGUACAUAAUCAUGCUUAUUUUAACAAUAUGUAAAGGACUAGACUAAGUCCUUAUGAGUAUAUAACUGUUGAAGUCUUGGUGUUUUGCCAAAAGUCUUAGGUCUUAGACUUUGAGUUUAUGGUCUUGCACAGUGUCGCAAAAUGCCCAUGCAGUGGUAACACCUGUGCAAGGGAAUCCUUUAAACAACUAUUUUGAUUCAGUGAUUAGGUUUGUAACUUGUAGACCUACCAUAUUUGUUCUAAUUGGGACUUAGGCGUGUUCAGUAUAGUGUGCCAAUAUUUUGAUGCUCUUUGACACUGAUACCUCACCAAGGAACCUUGUAUAACUUGAAAUUAAUCCUAUAUUUGUGCACCUGAGGCUGUAUUUGAGCUUUGUUGUGGAAAGAAUGUUGUACAUGUAACAAAAGCCAAAGAAAUAAUGUUUAUUGUACACAUUAUCUAUGUGUGAUCAACAGAGUGAUACAUACAGAACAUGAACAGGAUGGUUUAUUAGAAGAAAUAAUUACAAAAUAGGUUAUGUUCAUUGAUUUUUUUGUCACAGAUUCUCAACUCACAAUCUGCUGUUUUCAUUUGAAGUGUUGUCACAAUGUUGUCAGUAUUUUAAGUGAGCUGAAGAUGAUUUGAUAUCUUGACUUGACUUUAAUUGACACUGAUGUAACACUUAAAACACCUGUACAUGUACCUGAUUCUGUUUUUGCAGCUCUGUUGUGGGAAGAAUGUUAAGUAGCAAUAUGGAAUGAAGAUGUAGAUUGUAGACCUACUAUAUUUAUCCCAAUAGAAGCAUGCUCUGUAAUAGGGACAUACCCAGGGAUUUAGGUGUGUCUGUUUAGCCAUCAUGAUGUUUUUCUGUGCCUGCUGGCAUCAGCUAGACUUGCUUAGCAAUCAAUAUGUUGUUACAGUUGCAAGUGGUAUUUUAAAAAAGGUAGCUGCAGAACUACCUUCUUUUCAUCCUGUACUGUACAUGGCCAGAUGCUGUGUACUAGUUGUGUUUGCAUUUAUUUACACUUUGUCUAAUAAAUGUCAAACCCUUAGAUGUUGUUUGACUUUGUUCAUAAUAUUUUCUUAACAUUUCACUUGAAAGUGAAAACUGUUAACAGGUGAACUUGGUAACAAAACUGACAAAUUUGAAAUAUAACUGUGGUAAAAAUGUAAUGGAAGGUCACAAAAAGUGUGGGUGUACUUAUUCUCAUGUAACACAAUGUUUACACACCAGUUUUGCAAAAU